CUGAGCAAGGCCCUGAACAACUUAGUGAGACCCUGUUUCAAAAUAAAAAAUGAAAAGGGCUUGGAAUGUGGCUCAAUCCUUAAUCCUUAAAUUUUGUGGCCAGAGCUCUUGUACCCUGGGCAAUUUUCAAACACAAGAUACAUUGUUGUCAAGGGCAGCGAGAUCCUGACGGCCAAUAGUUCUCUGAAGCUUUUUCCUCCUGAGCCAGUGAAGUUGGUGUCCUGGAUGGGCGCCCGGUGCCUGCACUAGACAGCCUCCCGGGUCGUGCACUGAGUGAGUUCACAGGGGAGCGGGAGCCACAAACUGUCUCUCAGUGCUUGGCUGGCCUGCCUGACGUCCUCCCCGGGCUCACCCAUGCAGCAGGGAAGGACAGGAUAGCCUCCCUGUUCAUCGGCUCUGUCCCCGUGAGUGUGCCCCUGUCCUGCAGACGCAUCCCUGGACAGACCCCUGGACGAUUCCCUGCCGGGCUGCCCAGGAGUGCUGAUGUCACAGCCUCUCUUUACCCUCUGUCCCCUCCCUGUUGCCUCUGUGCGGGGGAUGGGAGCUGCCGCGGGCCGGGAGCAGGGUCCACACUCUGCUGCAGACAAGUCCCAGCACCCCCGUGAGCUCCGGAGAGACGCCAUCCCUAAGGGGGAGCUGCCUUGUGAUGGAUGGUGCAGGUCGAGAGGCCCCAGUGGCUGUGGUGACGCCAGCCCUGGGGCCACGUGGAAGAUUGUCACCGUGGCCGAGACGCCCCACAGUUCACCGUGGGAUGAAGAACCUGCUCAAUCGGCCUGCUUGGCCAGCGCCGGGUGGCCAGCCUGCCCAGGCCUGGGCGUGUGUCUGUUGGUCUUUUCUCCAUCCCAUGGGCCCCUUCUCUACUGCCUCCUUAUUAGGACCGCGGCUGCCGAGAGCAGAGACGAGAGCCGUCCCACUGUGUGGUGGCCGACGGACCCAGAGUCCCACCACCCGAGCUUCAAGCAGGCCUGGCUGCAAUGGGGGCGGAGUCCCCACCCGGGUCUUGUUGAGGUGACCCGGGGCCCAGCAGCCUCCCCUGACCCCCAGGAGUGGGGAGUCCUGGGGGCCCUGGGCCCAGCUGUCUCGAUGGCUGGGACGGGGCUGAGACGCAGCCCCGGGGGCUGCAGAGGUGACAGCCUGCAGCGAGAGCCUGGGGAGGUCCCGGGGCAGGACCUGUAGGAGCUGAGGACAUCCACGCCCGCGUGGGCCCUGGCCAAGGGCCAGCCGCCAUCAGGAAGGAGCCGCGGGGCGCAGUCGGGCGGAGCUGGUGCUGGGGCAGGGAGCCUGACAGCGGCCCCUCAGCGAGUCUGCAAGUCUCUAAAACAGUCGGCCCCUUACCUGUCACCACCAGCUCCAGGGCUGGGCUCCCUCUGACCAGGGUACGUUGCCUGUACUGGCACUGGUGGCGCCCGGCAGAGCUCACGGCCACACGGGGAGGGGGACCUCGGCUCCCACGGGGUGCGGGGCGUUCCCCAGCUGGUACGGGAAGGACCCCGUGUUCCUCGGCAGCCGGGCCUCACGCUCCCGUUCCUGGCCACCGCGGAAAGUCCCCUGCAGAACCCAGAGCCCUGUCAGAGCCAGCCGUGGACGCCGCCUCCUCCCUUCCCUCCGGGGACACAGGUGGAUGGAAGGGGGAGGACCUGACAACAUUUCCUGUCUAAAAUAUUUUUUGGAGUAUUUUUAUACAUAAAAUAUACAUGAAAUAAA